AAUCUGUCAAGUAAUGAAAAAGCGUCGCAGCAGCAGCUGCAAGGAAAUUCAAUAAGUUUUCAUAAUAAUCAGAAAUAUUGAAUAAAUACCGAAUAUGGAGGAACUCCGUAAGCAUUUAUCCAAAGUAAACGUGCCCUGUGGCAAUCCACCGAUCUACAAAGACGAAUGCGUAUUCUCCUACGACAAUCCGGAGACGCCGACGGGUCUUUACGUCUGUCUGCAGAGCUACUUGGGCUUCGGGGAGGCGUAUGUGCGGGAAUAUGCCGCCAAGACCGGCAACAAUGUGUUCCUGCACAUCAAGCGAGAGCGCAAGCUAAAGGAGGGCGAGUCCAAUGAAGUGGUGCAGGCGGAGGAGGCGGGGCCAGAGCGCAAAAUCACACGAUUGGCAAUCGGAGUCGAGGGCGGCUACAAUGAGACUGAUAUGGCUAAGAAGUACGAGAUUAAGGACACGUACAGCAUUGUUGUGGCACCGCAGCUGGAGACGAAGCUGCCCUAUCCGGAUGCGGAGCUGCCCCUGCGUGUCACACAGGCCGUGGAGGCGAUUAUUGAGGCGGACUCGGCAAUUGCCAAAUUGGAGAAGGCCACGCUCUCCGGCACUUGGGAUGGUGAGGUGCGUCAGGCGUCCAAGUACGCCGAGAACCUACAGCAGCUGGACAACGGCAAGAAGAUUCCGCCAGCUGGCUGGCAGUGCGAGAAAUGCGAUUUGACCAACAAUUUGUGGCUGAAUCUGACUGAUGGCUCCAUAAUGUGUGGCCGCAAGUUCUUUGAUGGCAGCGGUGGGAAUGAUCAUGCAGUGGAGCACUAUCGCCAGACGGGUUAUCCUCUGGCCGUCAAGCUGGGCACCAUUACGGCUGAUGGCAAGUCCGAUGUCUUUUCGUAUCCAGAGGAUGACAUGGUUCUGGAUCCGAAUUUGGCCAAGCAUUUAUCCCAUUUUGGCAUUAACAUGGCUGCCAUGCAAAAGUGCGAGAAAUCCAUGGUUGAACUGGAGCUGGAGAUUAAUCAGCGCAUCGGGGAGUGGUCUGUGCUCACGGAGAGCGAGAGCGAGCUGCAGCCACUGGCGGGUCCUGGAUACACGGGGAUGCGCAAUCUGGGCAACUCGUGUUACAUCAACAGCGUCAUGCAGGUGAUGUUCGUCAUACCCGAUUUCCAGCAACGUUUCGUGGGCAGCGGAGCAGAGCAUUACUUCAAGGAAUACCCCAGCGAUCCGGCCAAUGAUUUCAAUAUACAAAUGGCCAAGUUGGGCAAUGGAUUGCAGUCGGGCAAAUAUAGCAGCAUUGUGGCAAAUACCCUGGACACGGAGCACAUGACGGGCAUAUCGCCGGCCAUGUUCAAGAAUAUUGUAGGCAAGAAUCAUCCGGACUUUAGCACCAAACAGCAGCAGGAUGCCAACGAUUUCUAUUUGCAUUUGCUCACCAUGCUCGAUAGGAACUCACGCAAUCAGUUCAAUCCAGCGGAUGCUUUGAAGUUCCAGUUGGAGGAUCGUGUCGAGUGUCUGGCCAGUCGAAAGGUCAAGUACAAGACGCGCGAGGAGUACAGCUUCCGGCUGCCCAUUCCCCUGGAGCAGGCCACCAACCUGGACGAGGUGCGAGAGUAUCAGGAACGGGAGCAGGCGGCACAGGCCAGUGGACAGCGCCUCCCGAAUCGCGACCUUGUGCGGCAUAAGGUGCCGCUUCAGGCUUGCCUGGAACGCUUCUUUGGCGCCGAGCUCAUCGAGCAGUUCUAUUCCACGGCCAUCGAUGGCAAGACGACGGCCAAGAAGACAACACGCAUGGCCAGCAUGCCAGAUUUCCUGAUGAUCCAUUUGGGUAAAUUUACGCUGGGCGAGGAUUGGGUACCCAAGAAACUGGACGUUUCUGUGGAUAUGCCCGAUGAGCUGGAUCUAAGUCCCUGGCGUUCGACUGGCGGACUGCAGGCUGGGGAGGAACUGCUGCCGGAACCGGCUGCUGAGACGCCCAAGUUUGUGUUUGACGAGAACUUCAUGUCCGAGCUGCUCAACAUGGGAUUCCCGCAGGAGGCCUGCAAACGGGCUUGUUUCCAUACCAAAAACAGCAGCCUCGAAGCCGCCUCCAACUGGCUGAUGGAGCACAUUGCCGAUCCCGAUAUAUCGGAUCCCUUUGAGGUGCCCAACAAUCGCAUUGGCGACGGUGCUGCCCAAAAGUUUGUGGCCAAUCCCGAGAGUCUUGCCAUGCUCAUGAGCAUGGGCUUUGAUGAGAGACAAGCGGUGGCCGCCCUUAAAGCCACCGAUGGCAACGUUGAACGUGCCACCGAUUGGAUAUUCUCGCAUGCCGACAGCAUUGAUGAGAUGCCCGUUGAGGCUCCAGCUCCAGUUGCCACAACAGCCGCUGCUGCUGCCACGAGCAACUAUCGCGACGGAUCCGGCAAAUAUAAACUGGUGGCGUUCAUCUCUCACAUGGGCACCUCCGCCCAGGUGGGUCACUAUGUCUGUCACAUCCGCAAGCAGGGCGAGUGGGUGAUUUUCAAUGACACCAAGGUGGCCAAGUCACAGAACCCACCCAAGGAUCUGGGCUACCUGUAUUUGUACAUGCGCGAAGAGUAAAUGAUUUCGAUCUCCCUGUGUCACCCAAAAGCAAGCAACAAAUCUUUACAAAGUUUUGUGACAAAUUAUACAUAUAUGAGUAAAUAAAGUAAAACUGAUUUAAAA